UCCGAAGUUGCGCCCGGACCUUGGCCCUGACGGUCGCAGUUCCCGGCGUGAUUCGGCCCGCUGUCCUCCGCCGCCAUUCGCUGUCCUCCGCCGUCACCCGCUGUCCUCCGUCGCCACCCGCUGUCCUCCGCGUCCAGCCCUCGGCGCCGGCAUGACGGGCUCGCUGUUCAAGGCAAACUUCUGGAACACGGACUUUCUCAGCACUGUCGGCUAUGACAGCAUCAUCCAGCACCUGAACAAUGGUCGCAAGAACUGCAAGGAAUUUGAGGAUUUUUUAAAAGAACGGGCAGCAAUUGAAGAGAAAUAUGGCAAAGACCUGUUGAAUCUCUCCAAGAAGAAGCCAUGUGGACAGUAUGAGACCAAUACAUUGAAGAGAGCCCUCGAGGUCUUCAAGCAGCAGGUAGACAAUGUGGCCCAGUGUCACAUCCAGCUUGCACAGACUCUAAGAGAAGAGGCCAAGAGGAUGGAAGAAUUCAGGGAAAAGCAAAAGUUACAGCGGAAAAAGACAGAAACUAUAAUGGAUGCUUGCCACAAACAGAAGAACGCAUACUACAAGAAGACCAUGGAUGCCAAGAAGACUUAUGAGCAGAAGUGCCGGGACAAGGAUGAGGCGGAGCAGGCUGUCCAGCGCAGUGCCAAUGCGGCCAACCCAAAGCAACAAGAGAAGCUUUUUGUGAAACUGGCAACUUCAAAGACCGCCGUAGAGGAUUCAGAUAAAACCUACAUGCAGCACAUCAACACGCUGGAGAAGGUCCGAGAAGACUGGCAGAGCGAGCACAUUAAGGCCUGCGAGGUAUUUGAGGCUCAGGAAUGUGAGCGCAUCAACUUCUUCCGGAAUGCGUUGUGGUUACAUCUGAAUCAGCUGUCGCAGCAGUGUGUCACCGAUGAUGAAAUGUAUGAACAAGUCCGUAAGAGUUUGGAACUGUGCAGCAUUGAAAAGGAUAUUCAGUAUUUUGUGAACCAGCGUAAAACUGGACAUACCCCACCAGCACCCAUCAUGUAUGAGAAUUUCUACUCUUCUCAGCGGAAUGCAGCCCCACAAGGAAAGACUACAGGGCCCAAUGUAGCAAGGAGAGGACCUCUCCCAGUUCCUAAACAUCUACCAGAAGACCCAGAUUACUCCUUGGUGGAGGACUACACUUUGCUCUAUCAGUAGCGCUAGUGGCGAAAAGAAAACUUUCUCCAGUUACUGCUUCUAUGGCAUGAAAAGAGGUCCCGAGAGCAGCACAGUUCAUAACCAGAUUGUGUCAAUCAUGAAGACUUGGAUGUGAACUCUUGUUGAAAAUUUUUUGAUGUUUUAAAUUUAUAAUAGACAUUGACUCAACCUAGGCAAGUAGAGGUCUGCAGAGUUCUUUUUUUUUCUUCUCAGAAAGUUUACAUAGUGCCCCAGAAGGAAGAAUUAUUAUUUCUUGUUUAGUUGCUAAGAUUAUGAGUGUUGUUUUCUAUCUGGGGAGCAAGGUCACUCUGAAUUCUGAGUGUUGGCUUGAGCAGGCAGGUCUGCAGAAGAUGGUGUGAGCUGCGGAAGAUGGCAUGAGCUGCGGAAGAUGGCGUGAGCGGUGGAAGAUGGCGUGAGCUGUGGAAGAUGGUGUGAGCAGUGGAAGAUGGCGUGAGCUGCGGAAGAUGGUGUGAGCUGCGGAAGAUGGUGUGAGCGGUGGAAGAUGGUGUGAGCGGUGGAACUGUGGAAGAUGGUGUGAGCUGCGGAAGAUGGUGUGAGCUGCGGAAGAUGGCAUGAGCUGCGGAAGAUGGUGUGAGCUGUGGAAGAUGGUGUGAGCAGCGGAAGAUGGUGUGAGCGGCAGAAAGAUGCUCUUUGGGCUGUGGGAAGUAGGGGCAUGGAAACAGCGAAACUUUCCCUCGCUGGUGCAAUAUUUAAAAUCACCUUUGUUUUUGGCUGGAAGCCUUAGAUGUGUACGAUUGGUCUUGCUCAUUUUACAGAUGGGGAAACCAGCAGGGUGAGAUCAGGUUCCUUACAAUUCUGACAGCCUUACAAACUCUGUGAGUUUGUUCUAUGGUACAAUUUGUCUAGCCUUGGGUGAGGUUGCCAUGCUUGCGCUCAAGUUAAAGGAGUGCGGGCAUGUUGGAUCAGGGAGUCACGGUGCUUCUGCAAGCCUGAGGACCUCAGUCACGGGAACUCACUCCAUUGUUAGCCUCUGGCUUCCACACGUGUGUUGUGGCAUAUAGAUAGCUGUGACUGACAUGCAUGCACUUUAGCCUCCACACAUGUGCCUGUGAUUGACAUGCAUGCACGUUAACCUCCACACAUGUGCCUGUGAUUGACAUGCAUGCACGUUAGCCUCCACACAUGUGCCUGUGAUUGACAUGCAUGCCCCCCUACGCAUCCCUUGCUGUGCUCUGGAACAUUUAAAGAGGCAUUCUUUAUUUGUCUCUUCCUUUUGCCAGCCCCACACGGCAGGAGGUCAUGUACUGUUUAUGUGGUAGUCACACCUGGGAAAGUGGCACAUUGUACUGGUUAUGACAACAUGCGUUAGCACCGUGUCUUAUUGGGCAUUGUAGGUGUCUGUCUCACUGCAAAGAGCAAACGUGUUCCUCGCCUCUGCAGUCACUCUCCCAGGACUUUGUCACAUUGAUUAAAAUAAGAUUGAAAGCCGGCAUGGAGGUGCCUGCCUGUGAUCACAGCAUGCUGGAGGCUGGGACAGGAAGACUGUGAGUUUGAGAUCGGCCUGUGUACACAGUGAGAACCAUCUAUCAACCUCUCCCUGAACAAAAAGAUGCAUUAUUUCCCCUCUUUCAAUGUAACAUGCUCCCAGCUGUGGCCGCUCCUUGUCAUGACAGGAAAUUUGCACCACUUGGGCAUCCUUUUGAGAAACUCAGGUUUGCAAAGGUCCAUUGACUUCCCCAAACUGAAAAGCCUCAGGAAAUUGUCUAUUGCACAUAGAACUUUCUGUUUUUAAGUGUAUUAUUUAUUGUUGGCAAGUCCUCAAUGAUUUAUAUUUUCUGUCAAUCAGCAUAAUUGAUAUAAACAUGUUUCAUGAAUGUCAAAUAAUAUUUUAAUUUUAUUGCUUUUUUUGUCUGCUUGACAUGAAGUAA